AUGGCGGAUCUCUCGCCUGCGCCGGCCCCGCGGGAAGGCGGCCUCCGCGCGCACCGGGCCUCGGCGCCCUCCCCGCCGCCGCGCUCUCGCUCCGGCUCGGAGCCGGAGGAGGCCGAGCUGUCGCUGAGCCUGGCCCGCACCAAGACCCGCUCGUACGGCAGCACGGCCAGCGUGCGGGCGCCGCUGAGCGCCGGCGUCAUCGAGCGCCAUGUGGAGCACCGGGUCCGCGCCGGAGACACGCUGCAGGGCAUCGCGCUCAAGUACGGAGUCACGAUGGAACAGAUUAAAAGGGCCAAUAAACUGUUUACCAAUGACUGUAUAUUUCUGAAGAAGACCUUGAGCAUCCCGAUUCUAUCAGAGAAGCCUCUGCUCUUUAAUGGACUUAACUCCAUUGAUUCUCCAGAAAAGGAAACUGUUGACAGCAGUUUUUGCCAUGAGGAGGAGCCCGUGUUGGCUGGGGAAGAACUGCCCCCUCCCAGCCCUCAGGACCCAGACCCCAAACCUGCGCAGCCUGAGGAAGUAUCUGCCAGAGAUUUCCUGCAGAGACUUGACUUACAGAUUAAGCUAUCAACACAGGCAGCCAGGAAACUCAAAGAAGAGACCAGGGAUGAAGAAAGCCCCUAUGCUGCUUCGCUCUAUCAUAGUUAGUGACUGGUGGACAUCGCUUUAACUCACAUCACAAAAUGGCUGGACCCUAAAGAAUCCACUGACUGGGAGUUCGGAAGCAACGCCGCUUCUGGACUCCCAUAGCGCGCACCCUCGAGCCACAGAUAGGUAGAGCAACUGCAGCUGCACUGAAGUGAUCAGUUCCUCUGGCUUCCUGUAGUUACGUCUUCUUAUGGCAUGAUAGCAAAACUGUACUCUAAAGCCUAUCACUUUUGUAGACGGAGGUAGUUUUAGACUGGCUUUUGUAGCUACAAAAAGCAUCCAAGACUAUUUAUAUAUUUAAGCCAAAAGCAAUGUUUAUUUCCCAGUGAGAUCCCAAGUGUAUGAAAAACAUGGUGGCUGUCAAGUGAUAAUGCCUUUGCUGUGUGUUUAUAACUCAAGUGCUAUAAUAUAUAUUUCAAUAUCGUAUAUUCUGUACUACUGUAAAGAACCAAAUUUUGUCUGCUAUUUUGUAAAAGUAAAAUACAGAUGUCUGGAUGAGAGAAUAAACUAUGUUUUCACA